AGUCUUUGAGAGUCUGCAGCAGCUUCCGACGAGUGGUUCGCUUCUGAUAUGAUUUGAAGGUUGUGGAUUGAACAGUCUUAAGGUUUGCUAUUCAACAAGGCAGCCGAAAGGUGGGUCGGAGUACGAAGGUUGGUUGGAUCACGAGGGCGCAAGUCACAAGCCUCGCUGCCGCAAUUUCACCUUCACCCUCACAUUACUGAUCCUUGUUCGAUUCCCCUGCUUCCCCUUAUAAACCGCCCAACACUACUUCCACAGACAUAUUUGCUUCCCGCGCCCUAAUCCUCUACCUUUGACAGUACAACCGGGGUAUUACACUAGCACAGCAGACUACUCCACCAUGGCAGGCAAGAUCUCCGACGUGGCUUUCUUGCUCACGAUGCUUGAGGUGCACAAGCAUGGUGCAUGGCAAUUCAGCACGGUGGCCGAGAAGUGUGGCCUCGGGAGUGCGAAGGCAGCUGAGAACAGAAUGUACAGAAUCAAGAACGCCAACAAAAAUGCUGACAAGUCUGACGAAGCUACGGCGGAGGCUACCAAGCAGAAGACCAUCACGAAGGCAGUGGGCAAGGCUGGCACGCCGUCCAAGAAGCGCAAGGUCCAGGAUGAUGACGCAGACGACGAAGAGAAGCAGGAGCUGAUCAAGUCUGAGAUGAAGUCUGAGAGCGACGCAGGUAACGACAAUUAGGGUGCUGAUAUGCUUGAACAUGGGUCCUUCAAUGGCGUACGUCGUCAUGCUCACCUCGCUAGUCCACGAGGAAAGAAGAACCUUAAGCUGAUUUACAAGUCUGCGGUCUCUCAGCGCAAUUGGGCUGUUGCCUUGUUUGUAUGGUGACGUGUGACCUUUCUUUGUCCUAGGGUUGAGGUUGUGGGCCAUCUUCACGUUUCACAUGACUACUGUCGACAACACUCAGUUGAUACCUUCCUGCCUUUGAAUAAGACGCCUUCACGUCGCUUUACUUUGCUUCUAGCAACACCCGUACCCACCAUCUCAAGCUACGAAUCAU